AUGGCCCCCAAUGAGCGCAACGCUUCCUUCAUUUCGUUGACCCUUCAUGGCGUUAUCCAUGUCGGUGCUGCCUUUGGGACCACAGAGCCUUGCAGCACGUCUCAUUGUGGCGGUCUUAUGCUUCGGGGACAUGUCCAAUUAAGGAUCACGACCACCAAUGAUGCAGCGCCCCAGCCGUUUCUUGAGGGUGCAUUUCCACUCGUCAAGCUCAAGCCUGGUGCCUGUGGCUGUUCCUUGCGCAAUGCGGGAGUGGUGUCUGCAAGGAUGGGCCCCUUCACAGCCCACCCACCUGUACGGGUGCUUCUUACUGUUUAA